GAUGAAGACGAGAAAGAAUAUAAAGAAGACGGGAGCGGCGAAGACAGCAGCAAUGAAGACAGCGGCAGCGACAGCGACUACUCUUCAGAUUAUUCUUCUUUAGCAGAUGAAAGUGAAGAAGAAGAAGAAGCAGCAACAGACUCAGAUGAAGAAGAAGGUCUUAGCUGGGAUGAACUCGAAGAAAGAGCAAAAAAGGAGGACCGGAAGCGCCAUGCAGACGUCGACUCAGAGGGAGAAGAGAGAAGAACGAAGAAGAAAAGAAAAUAA